AUGCAAUUCUCCGCCGCCGCCGUUCUUGCUCUCGCAGCAUCCGUCUCCGCCCACGCUGUCAGCAAUGGCACCGUGUCCUACACCACUGAGGUGCACACUGCCUACACCACCGUCUGCCCGGCCUCCACCGAGUUGACCUUCAACGGCGUCACCUACACUGCCACCGAGUCCACCACCUUGACCAUCACCAACUGCCCUUGCACCAUUGUCAAGCCAGUGACCACCUCAAGCGUAGUGUACUGCAACACCUGUGCCCCAUCUGCCCCAGUCAACCCACCCGUGUAUGCCAACACCACCGCCCCAGCUGUCCCAGCUAAGCCAACUGCUGUCGGCACCACCCCCGUCAAGGGCACCCCAGCCCCUGGCCCAACCAACAUCAGCGCCUCAAGCGGCAGCAAGGCCUUCGCCCUCUCCGGCGCCAGCCUUGCCGGUGUUCUCGGCCUCGCCGCUUACUUCUUGUAA